AUGGUUGGACGAGGUAAAGGAGGAAAGGGUUUGGACUCGAUCUCUCAAAACGGUGAACCUCCCAAAGACCUGUUGAAACGAGAGCGAGAGUAUCGAGAAAAACGAUCCAAUCUCAUUGAAAAAAAGAGAAAAUUUCAAACCAAAAGACAAUCCAAUGUUAAAGAUGAGGAUAGACAAGCUCGCGGCAACAGCAAUAAUUCAUGCAUAAUUCCUUUCGUUGACAUUUCCGUAAAAUAUUAUUCGGAAAUAUCAGUGGACCAGAAACAACACACUAAUUUUUCAAAACAUGAACGGCAUGAUGAUGAGAAGGAUUUACUGAGUCUGUUGAUGGAAUCAGUCAAUUCACACUUUUGCAACGAUUUGUGUUUUGAACGAGUUCCAAAAGUAGAUUUUGAGAGAAUAUACUCUCCUGAGAGAAGUAUUGACAUGUCCCACAUUGAUGUGCAGCCAUGUCGUGGUGUUUCUAUUUGUGAUGAAAAAUGUGAUGAAGCCACUUGUCAAUUUGCAUUUCAACUCGUGGAUGAAUUUAUCAAACAUGUUGAAACUUGUAUACCGACCAAUGACAUGAAAAUGUCAAAAACCACGUACUUGUAUGGUCCCAAACAAUUCAUAAUUUAUACAUACCAAUCAUGUGGAAAAAGAGUACAUUAUAUUUGGGAUCAUGAUGAUUCCUUUGAAGCAUGUUACUUGUUACAAAGUCCUGCAGAAUAUUUGGUUGGAGGAAGUCAUGGAGGUCAUGCAUUCUAUGUAUUGCCCACUUUGAAUUAUGAAAGUUCAGAUGGAAGUUGUGAGUACAUUUUAGAAUGUCUGACAAGUCCAAAUGAUGAUCUAGUGAAUAGCAAUGAUGAUGAUCAAAAUUUCGAUUAUGUUCAUGAAUACAAUGAUUCGAGUCCAGAGAAAGAAAUUGAAAUCUCACACCUGUUACAAUGCUUUAGAAACUUUUUGCAUGGAUUACUUGGAGAUAGGUAUCAUUAA